GUGAUGUGAUCUUCAUGGUGUGCUGGUGGGAAAACUGAGUUGUAAAUCACCCCAAUGGAUGCGGACAGUGAUGUUGCAUUGGACAUUUUAAUCACAAACGUAGUGUGUGUUUUUAGAACAAGAUGUCAUUUAAACUUGAGGAAGAUUGCAUUAGAGGGAGCAAAUGUGAUAUACAAGCGUGAUGUUGGGAAAGUAUUAAUGAAGCUUAGGAAACCUAGGAUUACGGCCACAAUUUGGUCCUCAGGAAAAGUUAUUUGCACAGGAGCCACAAGUGAAGAAGAAGCUAAAUUUGGUGCCAGACGAUUAGCUCGUAGUCUACAGAAACUAGGUUUUCAGGUAAUUUUCACAGACUUUAAAGUUGUGAAUGUUUUAGCAGUGUGCAACAUGCCCUUUGAGAUAAGAUUGCCAGAAUUUACAAAGAAUAACAGACCUCAUGCAAGUUAUGAACCAGAACUUCAUCCUGCGGUGUGUUACAGAAUAAAAACUCUCAGAGCUACCUUACAGAUUUUUUCAACAGGCAGUAUCACAGUUACAGGUUUCAAGCAUUUUCUUGCUGUUAUAUGAAGAGAAGGCAUUUCUAAGUAUAAAGGUCUACAAGUGUUUUCCUAUAGAUGAUGGGAAAAUCUUAUCAACUGAAGAAGUUACCGUAGAAAAAUCAACUGCCCUGCCCACCUACUGGAUGCAGAAGGAAAAAGAAAAGUUUUGUGAGCUACAGUGUUCAGGAAAAUGUUGUUAUACUUCAACUCUGAGAAGAUGGCAUGGUCAUGCUAAUCCAACCCCAGCCUAUUGCUGAAGAAUUAACACAGUUCUUUUCUACACUAUUAUUGCUGUUUAUUAUCUUGACAGGAACUGCCAACGAGCAAUGAAGCUUAAUUCUGGCAUGUAUUGGUAUUAAUCUUGGACUUGGAAGCCAGUAGAUGUUUCUCUCAAAACGUGCACAUUUGAAGCGGAAGAGGUGAAUGCUUAAAAGUAACUGCAAAUGCUACUUUUAAAAAGAUACAAUAAAUAUGUAUAAAUGCAUAUAUGUCUUUUUUCCCUAUCUGACUGAAGAGAAAUGAACAAUAUUCUCAUUGCUGCAGGUAAUAUACUGUCUUACGAGGUCAUGAAAAUAGUGACACAUAAGCUGUUAUAAUACAGGAAGUCAAUAAUGGUGGAAUAUCCUGAAGAAGUGAAAGACCAGCAUAAUGUAUCUGUCAGAGGGGAUGGUAUAGAAGCUGGGGCCAUCUGCUGUGACUUCACAUGCAGGAAUUGAAAGGAAGGAAUAAUGUAGGGAAUGUUUGAUCAAACCUUGCAGAACCAAAUGACAGAAGCAACAGAAAGCAACAACUUGCCAAGAGCUGUAAAUGAUGAACUCAUAAAAGUCCUCCUUAGAUCAACAAAGGUAGGAAAAGAGAGGAUUUAUAACAGUGAAAUACUAGGUUGAGUUCCACAGUCAUGGAACUCAUGAUAGAACUGGUAAAGGAAUACUUGAUAUAAACGAAUGUUUCAAUUUGUAUAGAAGAUACUGUGGUACUGUGGCACUCUUGACACUAUAGAGUUAUAUGAAAAGUUAUAGGGAGCAAUGGACAAACCAGCAUUAGGGUACGCUAAUGUACUACUGUUACAGUUUUAAAAAAAAAGUAAUGAGUUUUCCCAAGAACAAAGUACAGACCUAGACUGAUGAAUGGCCAUUUUAACUACAGCAGGUGUCUUAGAUUAGGCUUGCAAU